AUGUUGGAAGUGGAUAUCAAUAAAAUAAACAUCCAAGGCCAUGGUAGUGGUCGAGAAUUUUUGGAGAUCUACAAAUUUAUCACCUUAGCCCUAAGCAAUUUGCGAUUGGAGACCUGGGAGUAG